CAACUUGCCAAUGGGAAGAGGAACGUUGAAGGUCGGGACAUGACGUCCAGUCGGGCCUUAAUGCCAGUGAACCAGGAAGCACUUUGUUUAAGGGUACAAUGAAACCUUGUCAGUUCUGGGAUUUGACCACCGAACAGAUUUUACCCCCAAACCAUGAGACUACUAAAUGGCUAAUGAAAUGCCUACGCAGACUAAAUGCGUGUUUCAAACACCAACUAGAUUUUUUUGACACCUUCAGAGAGAGGGCUACAGUAGCUUUAUUUGGGGAGUGGCCAGUCUGCUAUUACUGAAGCAUAUGAGGUGAUGCCAAUGGUGGCGUCACCCACGACAACAGAUGCCAAGGAUGAUGUCACACACCAACAUACUUGCCACAUUGGGAAAAGGGGCAGAUGGUGCCAGCUCUGUGUUAUGAGUGACCUCUUUCACCUCUCUGGCAUCACCCAUGACAGCAGAUGAGUCAUGCCCUUCCAUCUGACCCUGCAUGCUGGGAAACAGGUGGUGGAGUGUGUAUUUAAAGGAGUGUGUAUGCUUGUCUGUGUGAGUGUUUGUUUGCCUGUAUGAGUGUAUGCUUGUGCAUUUUUGCCAGAGAGAAAUUGUAAAAUUGGGUAGGGUGGCAGAGAAGAGAGGAAGAAAUACAGGGAGUAAGAGUGAGAAAUAUGGAGGGGGGGAGAGGGGUCAACAGUGGGUCAAGAUAGUCUUAUCUUACUGUGACCUCUAGCACAGCUUAGACAGUUCAGUAUCUGUCAUAGAGAUAGGCACUAGGAGAGACACUGGGGUCAGUACCAUAAAGUAACUUUUAGUAGUACUGUAGUACAGUAAAGUCCAUUAUUAAGAAAUGGAGAGAAUAUGUCAUACUCCAUCUGAGUAUCCAGGUGAGAAGGGAUGCCACCAAGAGGCCUAUGGCAAACGUAAAGAAGUUAGUCUUUCACAGCUUCAUGCUGCAACAAUAGACCGGGUGCUUCACAAAAGUGGCCUUUAUGGGUGAGUGGCAAAAAAGAAAUUCUGCUAGAAUUUGCCAGAAGGCAUGUUGGAAACUGAGACCAAGUGGUAGAAUAUUCAAUGUCCAAAAUAGAGCUUUAUGGGCUCCAUGUGCGAGCUUAACACCACACAUCAUCCUGAGAACAUCAUGCCCGCCGUGAAGAAUGAAGAUAGCAGCAGCAUGCUAUGGGGAUGCUUUUCUGCAUCAGAGCCUGGAAACCCUGUAAAGCUGUGUUAGUGCUGGCGCCCAGAAUAUAGGGCAAAAUGGAUUCUAGCGAAAUCCUAGAAGAAAACCUGUUUUCUGUAAGAGACCUGGGACUUGGGAAAAGAUUCAUCUUCCAUCUGAACACUGAUGGAACCAAACAUACAGCCAAAGCCACACUGGGCUGGCUUUAAAACAAAACAUGCACUGUCCUGGAUUGGUCCAUUCAAACCUCAGACCUCAAUCCACCUGAGAAUAUGUGGAAAGAUUUUUAAAUUGCUGAAAAGGUUCCAGAGACAAAUGGGCAGAAAUUGCUGUCUACAUGUGCAAAGCUGGUAGAGACUUUAUCCAAAUACAAUUGUCUGUAGUUGCUGCCAUAUGUGCCUCUCCAAAAUAUUGACUAAAGGGUGUCAAUACUUAUGCAGUUAAUACUUUUCCGUUUUGUAAUUUUUUAUAAAUUUUAUAAACAUUGUUAUUUCUCACUUUGACAUGAACACUGAUUUAUUUGUGGUGGUCAGUAGCAAGUAUAGAUUUUUUGUUGUAGCACAAUAAAAUGUGGUACAACAAGAAAUGUAAAUGACUAAACCAGAACUUAAUGGAAUUAUAUUUGUAAUCAUUACAUCCUAUCUGAUCCAGGUUGAUAAGAGUAGAUAACUUUAGAAGGCUUUCCCAAGAAGACUUGUUUCCAGACCUAAUGGGUAAAUGCUUUGUCUCUGUUGGAGAACUUGGUCUUGAGACGUGAGGCGGCAACCAUGAGAAAACAUUAGUGAGCUAUAACCGGCUAUAAUGGAUACCAAAAAACGUGAAGGAAAUCCGUUUCAAAAUUUCAGUUUCCCUAAAAUGUUCUUGUACAGUCUAGCCUUUACCAAAAGUGUUUUUUAAUAGGGGCUCAACAGAACGUGUUCCAAAUUGUCUCAGCAACAUCUGGGUAUGGUGGCCUGGAUAUCCAUGCUGGGCUGCAUUUUCUCAAACAUGCUCUGGCAACCCAUGUGGUGGGUCUGUUGUCUGAAAGGUCAGCGGUGUUGUUGGCUGGGAAAUGUUCUCUUCCAAUGACAAUGGCUACUGUCUGGCUGAGUGAGCAGUGUAAUAGAAACCAGAAUGGCUUGGCUAAACGGGCAUUUGCCUUUGACUAUUCUGACUCUGUUUAGGAGUUGCUGCGAUGAUGGAAUGCUGUAAUGUCAAGUUGGAUGCAACAUUUGAUUUGGUGUUCUGUGUAGCUCACUUGGUAUGAAUCUGAAAGAAAAAUCAGAAAGAGGAAGAAAAAGAAGCUCCAGAAAAGCAACUUUGUUUUCAUUCUUUUUUAAAGUAGCUAGUCUUCUCUGCCUCUAAAUGAUUGAAGCCAUGCCCCACUUCUCUGCAAGCACAGGGUUGCACGAGACUUUGGCCCUGCUCACCUCACAGCUCCAUCCUGAUGCCAACCAUAAAGAAGACCUGGUGUUCCUGAAAGACGUGUUUAGUGAGAAGAGCCUGGGCUAUUUGAUGAAGAUACAUGAGAAACUUCGACAGUAUGAACGGCAGAGCCCCACUCCAGUCCUUCACAGCGCCUCCUGUCUGGCAGAGGAUCUGGCUGAGGAGAUUCAGAAUGGACCGAUGGAAGGUGACGAGAGGGAACUGCUUCUGCUUCUGAGUGCUCCUCAUCUCCGGGCUAUCCUAGAAGCCCACGACACAGUGGCGCAGAAGAACUUUGACCCCGUACUUCCCCCGCUACCAGAAGAUGUGGAUGAUGAACUAGAGGAGGAAUCUGUGAAGAUUGUCCGGUUGGUGAAGAACAAGGAGCCCCUGGGGGCGACAAUCCGCAGAGACGAGGGGACGGGGGCUGUGAUCGUGGCCAGGAUCAUGAGGGGAGGUGCUGCGGACCGCAGUGGUCUGGUGCACGUGGGAGAUGAACUUCGGGAGGUUAAUGGGAACCUGAUCGUCCACAAAAGACCAGAUGAGAUAAGUCAGAUUCUGUCCCAGUCACAAGGCUCGAUCACUCUGAAGAUCAUCCCUGCAAGUACAGAGGAGGAUAGGCUCAAGGAGAGCAAGGUCUACCUGAGGGCCUUGUUUGACUACACCCCCUUUGAGGACAAGGCCACUCCGUGCCAGGAGGCGGGACUUCCUUUCAAGCGGGGGGACAUCCUACAGGUGGUGAGCCAGGAUGACGCUACCUGGUGGCAGGCCAAGAGAGUGGGUGACUGCAACUUGAGGGCCGCCCUAAUCCCCUCCACGCAGUUCCAGGAGAGGCGUCUUAAAUACCGGAUAAAGAUGGGUACUUACCAGGCACCUGUGUCCCCAAAAACUCCAACAUAUGAUCGGGCUGAAAGAGAAGACUGUGACAGUGUGGGCAAUCGGAGUGGACAGGACAUAGAUGUAGUUUCUCCCAAUAAGAGUAAAGCGGCCCCUGCUUCCUGUGGCCAUUCUUUUUCCUUGGAUUUUUACUCAGCUGGUCUGCGCAGAAGUUUUCGCCUGAGUAGAAAGGACAGACAGCAAUCUCUAGGAGAGUCUCGCACACCAGACUUGGCCCCACUGGAUUUCCUGAUCUAUGAGGAAGUGACACGUUACCAGCCCCAUGCUGGCGAGAGGCCUCGUCUAGUGGUCCUGAUAGGUUCCCUGGGGGCCAGGAUUAAUGAGCUCAAACAGAAGGUGAUCGCUGAGAACCCCCGUCAAUUUGGAGUGGCUGUACCUCACACCACUAGAGCCAAGAAGAGUCACGAGAGAGAAGGAGUGGAGUACCACUUUGUCACUAAACAGGCCUUCGAGGCUGGCAUUCAGAACAACAUUUUUAUAGAAUACGGGGAAUACAAGGAAAACUUCUAUGGCACCAGUCUGGAGGCCAUCCGCAGUGUGCUCGAUCGGAGUAAGAUGUGCCUGGUGGAUGUACAGCCAGAGGCUCUGAAGACCCUACGCACUGCUGAGUUUAAGCCCUACGUCAUAUUUGUGAAGCCUCGUAUCCAUGAAAGCCACUGCAAACGCCACGGCUCCUCCUCAUCACUCAGUGUUGGCAUCACGGAGGAGGACCUUCAGGAGAUGAGGCAGUCGGCCGAGCUGAUGGACGAGCGCUAUGGCCAUCUGGUCGACCGGGUACUAGUGAAGGAAGACUUGGCCAGCGCCUGUGUAGAACUCCAGGACAUCUUGGAGAGGGUGGAGACGGAGGUCCACUGGGUGCCCGUCUCCUGGAUCAGGACCACCUAGCAUAUACUGUCGUCCACACCGAAUAGUAAAAUACAAGCUGGCACAGCCUCUUUACAGUGGGUUGCAUAGUGAUCAUGGGAACUGAUCACUAUGCAUGGGAACUGACUUUUCAGUGUUUCAAUGCCAAUGUAAUCUCAGAAACUGGACUCAAAACAUGCGUGCGUUUUUGUGAAUAAUGGCGAACGAAGAGAGAAAGUUGGAAUAAACCUCUGUUGCAACUGUUAUAGCCGAAUAGCUUGGGUUUGCCUGGCUCUUGAGUGGUUUGUGAGAUUUGAAAAUUGGAUCUAAAAUACUGGAUUUAGUGAACAUAAGAUCAGUUAUCUUUUUUCUUGUUGAAUUGUGGACUGUUUAUGUAUUAUCAUUCUGAAUUCAUCCUUGUAUCCUUUUUUAUUUAUUAAAAUGCAUGUGCAAUCUA